AUGGCAUCCUUCAAACAAGUUUCAAUCCUUUUAUUAUCUCUUUUCCUCGUUUCCCUUUUCAAAUACUCUCAUGCUGCAGGAAUUGCAGUCUAUUGGGGCCAAGAUGGAGGUGAAGGUUCCUUGGCAGAUGCUUGCAACACAAACAAUUACCAGUUUGUAAACAUAGCUUUUCUAUCCACUUUUGACGGGCCAAAUUCCACAAAUAAAUCUUGCUGGUCAUUGUGA